AUGACUCAGCAAAAAGUGACAUCAUUGUACAAACCCCUUCACAGUCUUCAUUCUCGCAAAACUUCAUUAUAUAAACCCCUUCCUUCUCAAUCAACAUCAUUAUCAUCAACGUCUCAAUACAUUUCAACUACAAUGACUCCUGACUGUUUUGCUGUAAUAUUGAACCAUCUUCAAGAUGAUAAAGCAACAUUAUAUUCAUGUGUGCUGGUAAAUCGAAUGUGGUGCCGUCUGGCUGUUCCAAUUCUUUGGAGUCGUCCGUUUAACCUAGUUUCUCAAAACAAAUUAAAUACUAUAGAAAGAAAUUCAGCACUUAUAAUAACAACUUAUGUAAGUUGUUUUUCAGAGUUGGAAAGGCAACUACUCAUAGAUGAAGGUUUCGAUCUACCUUUAAAUUAUAAUAAACCAUUUUUCGAUUAUACAAGGUAUUUGAAAAGUAUGGAUGCUGCAAUGUUCGAUUAUGCAGUUCAACAUUGGGCAAAGUUAUUUUCACAUGGUAAUAGUUGUUGGUUCAACAUUACUGCAUACUUGGCAAAUCUAGCUUUUAAACGAACUAUUGGUUUAAAAAGUUUAAAUUUCACUCAUAUGAAAGAUUUUUCAAUAGAUUCAUUAAAUUUAUCAUCAUUUUCAAAUACUCAUAAUGCUCUCUCACAACUUUCAUCAUUUGAAUUUAUCUAUUAUCCAACUAUUUCAUUUUUCAAAGACACUACACCAACUUUAAGUUCUAUAUUUUCCACUCUUUCCAAAUGUGCAACUAAUUUAAUAGAUCUUAAAAUAUCUAUUAAUAGGCGCUGUGCGCCACCAAUAGAUCAAAUAUUUCUAUUAAUAAAAGCACAAAAUAAAUUACAAGUCUUGAAGACGAAUGAAUUUUGGUGUACAUCAGAGGAAUCAGAAGAAUUUUGUGCGGCUUUAAGUACUCAAGCAAAAUCUUUAAGAUGGUUUGAAUUUUCGGAAAUUACUUAUAUACCUAUGGAUUUAGUUAGAAUCUUUUAA